AUGGGAGAAAUCUCCAAGGGCAACUUUGGGCCCGAGACAAUCAAAGCAACAGGGAUUGCCUUGAUCGUGGUCACUACCAUUGUGUUGGUUGGCAGGUUUGUCGGCUCUGUUCGGAAGCUCAAGGAUCUGAAAGCUGAAGACUAUCUUUUGCUCAUUGGAUACUUGUUUUUCUUGGAGCUGACGAUACUUUACAUCUACAUUGCACCGGUCAUUUUUCGAUUGGCGGCCGUCCAAGCGGGGACAAUAGCCCCGUAUGCAACCAUCAUGGAAGAUUCACUUCGAUUGCAAAUCGUCUUUUUCGUGACGACGUCUUCCCUGUGGAUUUCGCUGUGGAUGGUCAAAUAUUCGCUUUUGGCUAUGUAUAAGCGGCUGCUUGUGGGCAAAGUUUACCUUAUUGCUUGGUGGAUUAUUGUGGGAUUCUGCACUCUGUUUAUCAUUGGUUGUAUAAUCUCGUCAUGGCUCUCCUGUUCUAGCUUUCAUGCCUGGUUCACUGCAGGGAAGUGUGAUACAACUCGAGAUCAUCGCGCUGCUGUCAUCAGCUUGUAUUUCGCAUAUGCUGUGGAUAUCAUCACCGACCUUGCGAUCAUGGCUCUUCCAAUUCGGUUGAUCUGGAAUCUUCAGAUGAAACCCAAGCAAAAGCUGGUCAUUGCCGGACUGUUUUGCUUUGGAUGGAUAUGCAUCAUCAUCUCCACCAUCCGCGUCGUUCAGCUAGGAGAGACUCCAAACGGCGUUCCUGCUCCAUCAUGGCUUGCUUUAUGGGCGACCAUCGAAGCCUCUAUCGCUGUCAUAAUUGGCUGUUGCCCCGGCCUUUAUCGCGUCGUCAAAACAGCCAUCUCCCCUUCCAAGAGAUCUUACCAAUAUGAGUCAUAUAACCUGCGCGACCGGGGAGGCAGUGGGAUGCCAUCACAUCGAUCUAGUGUGCUGAGGGAAUCGAAUCUAGUUUGUGACCGGUUCACAGGAAAAGUGGAGGCAUACCAGUCAACAAGUGCAUAUCGGUCCUCGACUCCAAGGAGCAGCCAAGAAAGAUUAGCACAUCCAAAAGAGAUGGGAAAUAUCAUGGUAAAUUAUGGCGUUGCGGUUACAGUAGAGGACCGUUGUGAUGAUUAUGACCGCACAACCCGUUUUGUUUAG